CUCAGCUGAUAAGUAACAUGUUGCCAAGCGGAUUUCUAGCGACCCUACUAUCGCGGAAUCGAAAAUCGCAGCAGUAGUUCGUUAUUGACACUCAUCGUGAACAGAAGGAUGCAUCGGGUGACCGUUUUGCUACUCUGCGCAUUGUGCAGCACUCUGGAGGGAAUGCGUGAUGGCGCUAAAACCGGCGUCAACUUCGCUUGUACUUCCACAAGCUCCGUUUGUUUCAUCAGUGGAAUGGUGUUUACGAAUCCGAAGGAAAACCUAACACUGACCAAUGUAGAGAACAAACGGAGUCUUUCCAUUAAGACUGGUCAGAUAACGGCGCUAAAGAUGGAACACUGCAAAGCCUUUCAAUCGUUCCAGAAAGUCACAAUCGGCCACACGCAGCUACAGGAGCUAUGCAUUAACAGGGAUUUCGUACAGGUGGUGGCUGAGGGCAAUCGGAUCAAGACGAUUCACACCGAUCCGAUCGAAGAACAGAAACCGUCUCGGUUGGAGAUACUGAAGCUCAGCAAUAACGAGCUCACGGAUGCCGGGGUUCUGUGCCAGUUCAAGGCACUCAAGGAGCUACACCUUGAGAACAACCAACUGUCCAAGUUGGACAUGGCGUGCUUUUCCCAGAUGCUCCAGCUAGAGAAACUGUUGCUCGCCGGCAAUCGUCUUAACCACCUGGCCACAACGAUUGACCCGCUAGAGCUGCCCGCUCUGACCACGCUCGACCUGCGGAACAACACUCUGACCGAGCUGGAUGAGAGGCACUGGGCAUUCGAAUCGCUGGCCACGUUGCAGCUGGCAUUCAACAAUCUAACGCACGUGACAGAAAACAUGACACGGUUCGUCGAUUUGAGAGAGGUAUCCCUAUCGAACAAUAAUUGGCACUGCGAACCGCUCGAUGCACUGCUCACGGUACUGCAGACGAACUUCGCCAAGAUAGUCGACGGGGACAGCGACUGUCAGGGUAUCAGUAAUAGCACCAUCUGCUGCAAGGAGGAAGUGGUCCCAUCCGAAGGUGAGCUGUUCGGGGAGCUGGCCAAGUUCACGGAGCUCGAGCAGCGCUACAACAACACGAACACUAGCUUGCUAGAGCGACUUGCAGAAAUCGAAGCCGAAUUCGAGGCAAAGCUUAAUGAAACCAGGCUAACCAUCUUGCGCUCCAACGAAGAGGAGUAUUCUGAGUCCGAAGGAUCAGAUGACAGUAACGAGAGACAACCCGAGAGUGGGCAAGUGACCACUGGUACCCCAAAGGACCAGGCAGAAGCUGAAGAAAAAGAUGAAACUGCCACGAACCCAUCGGCGGAAGAACCUGUUACCGAAGCCGCUUCGACCAAGGAGAAAAAGUGUAAACCCCAGAAACAGAUUGAGGCUCCCGAUCUUAACUGUACCACACAUUUGGAGGAAAUACGGCGCGAGCUUCAGACUUUGAAGGACGAAAUCAAGCCGCUGCAAGCGAAAUCCCAAACCGAGUAUCUGCAGCUCUCCUUGACGACAAAGCUGAUCAAGCACGAGUUCCGAACUGCCGUGCAACGAGGUGCGCUUAAGUUUAAGGCCUUAGCUAAUCAGCUGAGUGAGCUGCAUUUGUAUAUGAAAUCGAAGUUUGAUAGUUUGAAGCAAUAAAAAAAAAGGAUGUUGUCUAUUUCGUUGUUCAC